AUGUGGCUCCGGGCUCUGGGAGUGAAGGGCCGCCAUCUGCUGGUGGGAGGCCUUAUUGCAGCCUGUUCCGGGAUCUCGGAGGGAGUCCGGCCUAACUUGGCACUGGUGCCCAUCUCUUCCUGCCUGCUCCCUUGCUGGCAAGAUCUGACAUGCCUCACUAAGCGAUGCUGCCCAUUCCUCUCGCUGUGGGAUCCUGCUGUGCGCAUCACUGUGGCUUCUGUCUCCCGUUACAGAUGGAUCGUGGCCAUCGUGCUGUGCUGCAUCAUCCUCCUCAUCAUCGCCUGCAAUGCCCUGGGACUAGGAUUAGGGACCGCGGGCAUCGCGACCAGGGGUGACCCCUACAGCGCCAAUGCAUGCUCAGUGUCUGGAGCCAACUUCCUCAUGGCGGGUGUGGGCGUCAGUUUUAUCUUCUCCUGGUUGCUGAUUCUCCUCGUGUUUGUCACGUUUUUCGUGGGAGGAAAUGUUCGGACGUUGGCCUGUAAACCGUGGGAAACCGGAGAGAUCUACCAGGCUCUAGACAUUCUGGCAACCAGCAACAACUUCUUAAAUUUCUCCAAUCUCAUCGACCCGCAACUGGACAUCUCUGGAAUCCACAGUCGCUGUCGGGAGGGUGCCUCAAUCUUCGACCUGCUUCCUCAGAGCCAGAGGAUGGAGCUGAAGGAUUCACUCAACCUCAGCGCCUACACAGAUGUGUUCAAACAGAGCGCGGAGCGACUGAACGUGGAUCUGGGUGGCCUCGUUCUACUGGGAGAGGCAGGAAGGCUAAAACUCUUGAUGUUUGCCAACAGCGGAAUUAAUGACCUCAACUACACAGAGCUCAUUCAGCAGAUCAGUAAACCGACUGUGAAAGGUAGUCUCCUCGACCUGGCCAGCACCCUUGAAACCCUGGAAUCCACACAGUCUGACCCUGAAAUCAAAAGCAAUUUAUCACGGCAGGCUAUGAAGCUCCGGGAAAUACAGAACACGACAGUGAGCACAAUGCAAGGGCAUCUGGCCCAGUUGAACACAAGCUUCCAAUACUUAUCAUCGUUUGCUCCAACAGUACAGGGUAAGGUACAGCAGACCAUCAAUAACGUCGAGGAAGCGGAAUCCAGCAUUCAGAACACCACCCAUGCAGUCAUCAGAAGCGUUACUCAGUGCCUCAUCAAUAAGCAGGUGGAAUACUUCCGCCAGUAUCUAAACUGGGUCCAGGACACAAUUAUCAAUGACCUGCUGUCUUGCCAACCGGCCAUUAUCCUUCUCGAUAAUGCCCGCAUCCUCUCCUGCGACUAUGUCACCGAUCCUUGGAAUGCCUUUUGGUUUUGUCUGGGCUGGUGCACCCUGUUCCUCAUCCCAAGUAUCAUCUUUGCGGUGAAGACUGCCAAGCACUACCGCCCAGUCAAGAACAUAGCAGCCAGCCCAAAGUUCUCAGAAAUGACCAACUUCAAAUUCCCGAGGGUACAGAAUGCACAUGCUCCGACAGGAAUGGGUCUAUAUGAACCUCCAGCUCCUGCUCCCUGACUCCCAGCUGGAAGAGGGUAUCCGAGGACAGCGCCUGGUCUCUGCCUUCAGGCUGCCCGCUGCUUUCCCGUCCUGGGAUCCUCCUGUGCACUUCUGCUUCCAUCUCAACGGUCCCCGCCGCCCCUCCCCACCAUCGCGUGGUGACCAUCCCAGCCCAGGC